GGAGAAGGAGGCGAGGCACCGCCCCAAGGACUACCAAUAAAUGGGCGAAGUUGAAAUCGCCUGGAUGGGGUCCGUUUUAUGCAAAUUCUAGCCGAAGACCACACCCUUCCUCAUUCCAACCAUAGGCCCGGCCAACCCCUUUGGGUUGUGCUUCGCCUCCUUUUUCCUUUCCACAUUAUUCUCUCCUUUAAAACCUCCAAUAACUAAGUCAAUUAAGUGCAUCCUAUCUAGUGUCUCUCACGGCAACGAGCAGAUGCACCGAAAUCGUGCAACAAAAUCUCCAUAAACCACGAUAGACAACCUCAGAGCAUAAAUCUCCGGUUACGCCUACGUGGGGAGGAGGGAGAGAGUGCUAAUCCUGCCCCCACACAGCUCCUGCUGAUUGGCUCAUUCGGCUUGUCACUCUGUUGUCUUACAUUUCUUUGGCUCACCCUCCUGGGGUUCGCACAGUGGGCGGGGCCAGCGGUAGGGGGCGGUGAGAAGGUGCGGGCCCCUUCUUCCGAUUGGCAGGCGGUUUCCCCACCCACUUAUGGGCGGAGAUGGAUGGUGGAUGGUGGAUGGGGGGCGGGGGAGGCAGCGGAGGGAGAUGAGGAGAUAGGCGGGAGCGAGGGAGCGAGGGAGGGAGCGAAGGAGGUAGAGAGGAGUGGAGGCGCCAGGGGAGGGAGCACAGCUUGGUUGCUCCGUAGUACGGCGGCUCGCGAGGAAGAAUCCCGAGCGGGCUCCGGGACGGACAGAGAGGCGGGCGGGGAUGGUGUGCGGGGUUGCGGCUCCUGCGUCCCUCCCCGCGGCGCGUGAGCGGCACUGAUUUGUCCCUCGGGCGGCAGCGCGGACCCGCCCGGAGAUGAGGCGUCAAUUAGCAAGGUAAAAGUAACAGAACCAUGGCUCAGUUUCCAACACCUUUUGGUGGCAGCCUGGAUAUCUGGGCCAUAACUGUAGAGGAAAGAGCGAAGCAUGAUCAGCAGUUCCAUAGUUUAAAGCCAAUAUCUGGAUUCAUUACUGGUGAUCAAGCUAGAAACUUUUUUUUUCAAUCUGGGUUACCUCAACCUGUUUUAGCACAGAUAUGGGCACUAGCUGACAUGAAUAAUGAUGGAAGAAUGGAUCAAGUGGAGUUUUCCAUAGCUAUGAAACUUAUCAAACUGAAGCUACAAGGAUAUCAGCUACCCUCUGCACUUCCCCCUGUCAUGAAACAGCAACCAGUUGCUAUUUCUAGCGCACCAGCAUUUGGUAUGGGAGGUAUCGCCAGCAUGCCACCGCUUACAGCUGUUGCUCCAGUGCCAAUGGGAUCCAUUCCAGUUGUUGGAAUGUCUCCACCCCUAGUAUCUUCUGUUCCCACAGCAGCUGUGCCCCCCCUGGCUAACGGGGCUCCCCCUGUUAUACAACCUCUGCCUGCAUUUGCUCAUCCUGCAGCCACAUUGCCAAAGAGUUCUUCCUUUAGUAGAUCUGGUCCAGGGUCACAACUAAACACUAAAUUACAAAAGGCACAGUCAUUUGAUGUGGCCAGUGUCCCACCAGUGGCAGAAUGGGCUGUUCCUCAGUCAUCAAGACUGAAAUACAGGCAAUUAUUCAAUAGUCAUGACAAAACUAUGAGUGGACACUUAACAGGUCCCCAAGCAAGAACUAUUCUUAUGCAAUCAAGUUUACCACAGGCUCAGCUGGCUUCAAUAUGGAAUCUUUCUGACAUUGAUCAAGAUGGAAAACUUACAGCAGAAGAAUUUAUCCUGGCAAUGCACCUCAUUGAUGUAGCUAUGUCUGGCCAACCACUGCCACCUGUCCUGCCUCCAGAAUACAUUCCACCUUCUUUUAGAAGAGUUCGAUCUGGCAGUGGUAUAUCUGUCAUAAGCUCAACAUCUGUAGAUCAGAGGCUACCAGAGGAACCAGUUUUAGAAGAUGAACAACAACAAUUAGAAAAGAAAUUACCUGUAACGUUUGAAGAUAAGAAGCGGGAGAACUUUGAACGUGGCAACCUGGAACUGGAGAAACGAAGGCAAGCUCUCCUGGAGCAGCAGCGCAAGGAGCAGGAGCGCCUGGCCCAGCUGGAGCGGGCGGAGCAGGAGAGGAAGGAGCGUGAGCGCCAGGAGCUAGAGCGCAAAAGACAACUGGAACUGGAGAAGCAAUUGGAAAAGCAGCGGGAGCUAGAACGGCAGAGAGAGGAGGAGAGGAGGAAGGAAAUUGAGAGGCGAGAGGCUGCAAAACGGGAACUUGAAAGGCAACGACAACUUGAGUGGGAACGGAAUCGAAGGCAAGAACUACUAAAUCAAAGAAACAAAGAACAAGAGGACAUAGUUGUACUGAAAGCAAAGAAAAAGACUUUGGAAUUUGAAUUAGAAGCUCUAAAUGAUAAAAAGCAUCAACUAGAAGGGAAACUUCAAGAUAUCAGAUGUCGACUGACCACCCAAAGGCAAGAAAUUGAGAGCACAAACAAAUCUAGAGAGUUGAGAAUUGCCGAAAUCACCCAUCUACAGCAACAAUUACAGGAAUCUCAGCAAAUGCUUGGAAGACUUAUUCCAGAAAAACAGAUACUUAAUGACCAAUUAAAACAAGUUCAGCAGAACAGUUUGCACAGAGAUUCACUUGUUACACUUAAAAGAGCCUUAGAAGCAAAAGAACUAGCUCGGCAGCAGCUACGAGACCAACUGGAUGAAGUGGAGAAAGAAACUAGAUCAAAACUACAGGAGAUUGAUAUUUUCAAUAAUCAGCUGAAGGAACUAAGAGAAAUACACAAUAAGCAACAACUCCAGAAGCAAAAGUCCAUGGAGGCUGAACGACUGAAACAGAAAGAACAAGAGCGAAAGAUCAUAGAAUUAGAAAAACAAAAAGAAGAAGCCCAAAGACGAGCUCAGGAAAGGGACAAGCAGUGGCUGGAGCAUGUGCAGCAGGAGGACGAGCAUCAGCGACCAAGAAAACUCCACGAAGAGGAAAAAUUGAAAAGGGAGGAGAGUGUCAAAAAGAAGGAUGGCGAGGAAAAAGGCAAACAGGAAGCACAAAACAAGCUGGGUCGGCUUUUCCAUCAACACCAAGAACCAGCUAAGCCAGCUGUCCAGGCACCCUGGUCCACUGCAGAAAAAGGUCCACUUACCAUUUCUGCACAGGAAAAUGUAAAAGUGGUGUAUUACCGGGCACUGUACCCCUUUGAAUCCAGAAGCCAUGAUGAAAUCACUAUCCAGCCAGGAGACAUAGUCAUGGUGGAUGAAAGCCAAACUGGAGAACCCGGCUGGCUUGGAGGAGAAUUAAAAGGAAAGACAGGGUGGUUCCCUGCAAAUUAUGCAGAGAAAAUCCCAGAAAAUGAGGUUCCCGCUCCAGUGAAACCAGUGACUGAUUCAACGUCUGCCCCUGCCCCCAAACUGGCCUUGCGUGAGACCCCCACCCCUUUGGCAGUAACCUCUUCAGAGCCCUCCACGACCCCUAAUAACUGGGCCGACUUCAGCUCCACGUGGCCCACCAGCAUGAAUGAGAAACCAGAAACGGAUAACUGGGAUGCAUGGGCAGCCCAGCCCUCUCUCACCGUUCCAAGUGCUGGCCAGUUAAGGCAGAGGUCCGCCUUUACUCCAGCCACGGCCACUGGCUCCUCCCCAUCUCCUGUGCUAGGCCAGGGUGAAAAGGUGGAGGGGCUACAAGCUCAAGCCCUGUAUCCUUGGAGAGCCAAAAAAGACAACCAUUUAAAUUUUAACAAAAAUGAUGUCAUCACCGUCCUGGAACAGCAAGACAUGUGGUGGUUUGGAGAAGUUCAAGGUCAGAAGGGUUGGUUCCCCAAGUCUUACGUGAAACUCAUUUCAGGGCCCAUAAGGAAAUCUACAAGCAUGGAUUCUGGUUCUUCAGAGAGUCCUGCUAGUCUAAAGCGAGUAGCCUCUCCAGCAGCCAAGCCGGUCGUUUCGGGAGAAGAAUUUAUUGCCAUGUACACUUACGAGAGUUCUGAGCAAGGAGAUUUAACCUUUCAGCAAGGGGAUGUGAUUUUGGUUACCAAGAAAGAUGGUGACUGGUGGACAGGAACAGUGGGCGACAAGUCCGGAGUCUUCCCUUCUAACUAUGUGAGGCUUAAAGAUUCAGAGGGCUCUGGAACUGCUGGGAAAACAGGGAGUUUAGGAAAAAAACCUGAAAUUGCCCAGGUUAUUGCCUCAUACACCGCCACCGGCCCAGAGCAGCUCACUCUAGCCCCUGGUCAGCUGAUUUUGAUCCGAAAAAAGAACCCAGGUGGAUGGUGGGAAGGAGAGCUGCAAGCACGUGGGAAAAAGCGCCAGAUAGGCUGGUUCCCAGCUAAUUACGUAAAGCUUCUAAGCCCUGGGACGAGCAAAAUCACUCCAACAGAGCCACCUAAGUCAACAGCAUUAGCGGCAGUGUGCCAGGUGAUUGGGAUGUACGACUACACCGCGCAGAAUGACGAUGAGCUGGCCUUCAACAAGGGCCAGAUCAUCAACGUCCUCAACAAGGAGGACCCUGACUGGUGGAAAGGAGAAGUCAAUGGACAAGUGGGGCUCUUCCCAUCCAAUUAUGUGAAGCUGACCACAGACAUGGACCCAAGCCAGCAAUGGUGUUCAGACUUACAUCUCUUGGAUAUGUUGACCCCAACUGAAAGAAAGCGACAAGGAUACAUCCACGAGCUCAUUGUCACCGAGGAGAACUACGUGAAUGACCUGCAGCUGGUCACAGAGAUCUUUCAAAAACCCCUGAUGGAGUCUGAGCUGCUGACAGAAAAAGAGGUUGCUAUGAUUUUUGUGAACUGGAAGGAGCUGAUUAUGUGUAAUAUCAAACUACUGAAAGCGCUGAGAGUCCGCAAGAAGAUGUCCGGGGAGAAGAUGCCUGUGAAGAUGAUUGGCGACAUCCUGAGCGCGCAGCUGCCACACAUGCAGCCCUACAUCCGCUUCUGCAGCCGCCAGCUCAACGGGGCUGCCCUGAUCCAGCAGAAGACGGACGAGGCCCCAGACUUCAAGGAAUUCGUCAAAAGAUUGGCAAUGGAUCCUCGGUGUAAAGGGAUGCCACUCUCUAGUUUUAUACUGAAGCCUAUGCAACGGGUAACAAGAUACCCACUGAUCAUUAAAAAUAUCUUGGAAAACACCCCUGAAAACCACCCGGACCACAGCCACUUGAAGCACGCCCUGGAGAAGGCGGAAGAGCUCUGUUCCCAGGUGAACGAAGGGGUGCGGGAGAAGGAGAACUCUGACCGGCUGGAGUGGAUCCAGGCCCAUGUGCAGUGUGAAGGCCUGUCUGAGCAACUUGUGUUCAAUUCAGUGACCAAUUGCUUGGGGCCGCGCAAAUUUCUGCACAGUGGGAAGCUCUACAAGGCCAAGAGCAACAAGGAGCUGUAUGGCUUCCUUUUCAACGACUUCCUCCUGCUGACUCAGAUCACGAAGCCCUUGGGGUCUUCUGGCACCGACAAAGUCUUCAGCCCCAAAUCAAACCUGCAGUAUAAAAUGUAUAAAACACCUAUUUUCCUAAAUGAGGUUCUAGUAAAAUUACCCACCGACCCUUCUGGAGACGAGCCCAUCUUCCACAUCUCUCACAUUGACCGCGUCUAUACUCUCCGAGCAGAAAGCAUAAAUGAAAGGACUGCCUGGGUGCAGAAAAUCAAAGCUGCUUCUGAACUCUACAUAGAGACUGAGAAAAAGAAGCGCGAGAAAGCAUACCUGGUCCGUUCCCAAAGGGCAACAGGCAUUGGAAGGUUGAUGGUGAACGUGGUUGAAGGCAUUGAGUUGAAACCCUGUCGGUCACAUGGAAAGAGCAACCCGUACUGUGAGGUGACCAUGGGUUCCCAGUGCCACAUCACCAAGACGAUCCAGGACACUCUGAACCCCAAGUGGAAUUCCAACUGCCAGUUCUUCAUCCGAGACCUGGAGCAGGAAGUCCUCUGCAUCACUGUGUUCGAGAGGGACCAGUUCUCACCAGAUGAUUUUUUGGGUCGGACGGAGAUCCGCGUGGCGGACAUCAAGAAAGACCAGGGCUCCAAAGGUCCAGUUACGAAGUGUCUUCUGCUGCACGAAGUCCCCACGGGAGAGAUCGUGGUCCGCUUGGACCUGCAGUUGUUUGAUGAGCCGUAGGCAGCGGGCUCAGGGUGUGCUCAGCAGGGUCCCAGCCCACGGCCACACAUGCUGUCUGGAAAUUGUAUUCCUUUUCUAAGAAACCACUGUUUGGUAUUCAGUCACAGGGUUAUGGGACGGCAAAGACAGGCCCCUCAAAGCUCCUAGGAAUCAUUCUCGACAAUCCUCCCUGCCCCGAAACAAUUUCCUGUUUCAUGAAACAAAGCUGUGUUUUCCUUUGUCCUCACUACAGGUCUCAUUAUGGCUUCUAGGAUCGCUGAAAUCCCAUAGCCCUCAACAGGGUGCAGCUGGGAGUCUAGCCCCUUUCCGGGCUUGAGGGAUGGGUCUGGUUACUAUAAAAUAGAUUUAUACAUGCAAUGUCUAUAUUUUUGGAGAGCUCAUGUAACCCUCCUAUUUCUUACAUCCACCAGUCCCCAGGUAGACUUCUUGGCCUACAGUGCCCAGUCCUUGGUGUGCGUUUAGAAACAAUUAUGACGGUCCUGUCAUUGCUUCAGAAUCCCAUCUCUCCUGCAGGGAAAUGCUGCCUGGAGCUGAUCACUCCAUGAGAUGGUCUGAUCAGGCCCUGGCUUAGCUCUUUGAAGAGCUGGUCUAUGGAAGGUUCCAGCAUGUGCGCCGUUAUAGCCGUUCCUUCCCCUUCUAGGCCUUGUAUUAAUAUAUGUCAGUGAAAACACACCGGCGUAUUGUUGCGUGGAUUCAGUUCUGAUUCCCAGCAUGCUUGGAAUAUGGUCACAGUCAUUAUCUAGAAAGUCACCCCUCUGCUGGAUCAGAUCACUACAGGUCACUGGAAAGGCAACUUUACAAUGUUGGGUCAUUGGGUCUCGGUCGGCAGCCAUGUUGGAAAAAUCUCUUUUGGCUCGGAGGCCCUGUGAUAUUUCAUGGCAGCAGUCGUUGCUGGUGACCUGUUCUGUGCUUGAAUGUGCUGAAUCCUGAUUGUCGUAGGACAUUUCAACAGCUCUCUUUGGUACGUUCCCCAAAAAGCCAUGUCCUAGAUCCCCAAGGUGUGAAAAGGAAAAAUAUCAAGCUGGAGGUUGGGAAAGAAAAUGAAGGCAGUACAUUAUGUGGUGGGUGAAAGACCCUAGGAGGAUGCAAGCCCCGCACAUCCUGGGGCAAAGACCUAAGACACUUUUCCACCCUCCACCACCCCAACCUCACGUAAUGUGCUUGUUGCAAGAGUCAGGACUUUAUGACUAUGUGCCAAGCUGUUUGGUUUGAGUUCUUUAAUUUUGUUUUCCCUUAAAUGCCAGGAGAUCAUCUGGUUAGUUAGAUAGUAACUUGAUUUGCUAAUGAAAAGUGGGGGCCGUGUUUUGUUUGCAUGUUAAUAUUCUCAUAAUCCUAGUUUGUUGUGGUCAUGAAAUGUCCUUUGCAUGUUCUGUUGGUACUGGAGUCUAGCUUUCCUGUACUAGAUGGUGUGCUCUUUGAUUGUAGGUCCUUAGACUUUAAUUAGGGUUAUAAAAGUGUUUUCUAAAUGAUAGCAUCAGCUUUGUGGCAGAGUACCCCCUUUGCUGGGAACUGAGUGUGUAGUGUUAUAAUUUCCCAUGAGAGCCCGGUCAUACUUCAAGCAAUUUUUUUUAAAGUGUGUGUUGGAAAGGACAACAAAGUUUACAUUUCAUACUUUUAAGAAAUACUUUAUUAUUUAUUUAUUGAAGAUAGUGUAGAAUUUUGUAUCAAGAACAACAGACAUAAGUAUUUUUUGAAACAAGCAAAUAUACCCUGUAGUUAGAAACUUUCAACUGAACACGUUAGAGACCAAGUUUAACUUCAGGCAUGCAUUUGUUUACCAUUUCCCAGCAGAAAACAUGGUUAAAAUACUUUAAGUUUAUAUUUUUUGAUGUUGUUAAGAAACUUUUAAAUUAAAUCUAUAAAUAGACAUGCAACUCAUGCUUUCCUAUUUCUAUAACCAAUACGGUUUGUUCAGUGUAUUUAUGAAAGACAUGCUACCGUGGUAGGAAAAAAGUAUUCAAUGUGUAAAUGGGGUAGUGUGGGUCACCAUCCCAAUCUCUUUUUGUUUUCUGUCCUGUCUUUUCUUCAUUGACUUUAUUUGCGUGUUAAUGUUGGACAUCAUUGUUCAUGUAGGUAGCGUAUGGUAUGCACAAUGACAAACAAUCGUUUUAGGUCCCAGGUCACCCACUCAUAGUGUCCUAUUAUUGGAAUUAAUGUAGCAUGAGAAAGCAAUAUGUGACUCUUUUUCCUCAAGUGACUCUGUUGAGCAUCCUUGAGAUGCUCCUGCCGUGUAGCAAGUUCUGGAUUAGUGUCCUUGUAUUUACUGGUGUAAUUUGUAAUGUAACCAAUCGUCCAUGUGGAGGAGUUGGGCUGGCCCUCGGACCCAGCUGUGAUUCAUGAGUUGUGUCACAGGGAUUGAGGAACAUGGGUGAUGCAUGGAGUCUCAAACCAUUGGGCCUCUCUGUUCCUUCACCUCUACCUUCUUGACCAUCUGGGCUAUAUUUCAUAGAAAUUAAAUGCUCCUUGCCAACAAGGAGUCUGUCUCCUAGCUCUUUGUUUUCUAAAUAUAGGAGUUCUCUAGGCCACUGCAUCCUGGCAUCCUGAUCCCAACCUUUUAGACACCCCUGCAAGCGUUCCUCUGCUCUGAGCCACACUGCUAGCUCCUCCUGCACACUCUGAUCUCCUUUAGCCCAAGAAGGGGCUGUCCUGGUCAUAGGGUUAUGCUGUAACCCUCAGUCGUCCCCGAGAACUGAACUGUCCUGGGACCUCUUGGGCUGAGCCUUCUUCAUAGAGCAGUUCUCUAGAAGGGAGAGUCCACAUCCUGGUCCCUCUGGGGCAGGGCCUGUCUGGCUGCUGGCAUCAUCCUGGCAGGUGGAUGGACAGCAUCAUCUCCUGGAACCAGGUUUGCUGUGACCAUGAGAGCCUGAAGAUGUGGCUCAUUUGGAUCCAGGCCUGGACUAAUCUGGAAAGAGGGACCUUUCUAGGUGCAGAUCACCAGGGAUGCUUGAGAAACUAGAGCCAGACUUCCUUGUUUGUUUGGAUAAUAUGUCCCUGUCCUCUGAUAGCAGAGGAAAGAGCUCUGCUCCCAAAGAACAUUCAUGUAAGAGGAGGCAUUUUUUUCUUCUUUGCUUUUUUUAAACAACCUAAAGUAUGACCUAAGUGUAUGAAACUAACUGAUUUCAUCAGGUAGAGUAGCCCUGAAUUUAACUGGGAAAAAAAAAUCCCAUCAGAGUAUGAGUAAAUUGACCAACCACAUUAAGUCUUAUCUCAGUGACCUGGUACGAAAGCCCAGGUGUCCUCCAGGGGAGUAUUCUGGGGUGGCAGGGGGAUUAGGUGCUAGCGCCAGCAGGGAAGGACACUUGCAGAUCUGCCUUCCAAGGCUGAGCAGGCCGGCUGUCUCUCCAGGAACUGGCUAGGACAAGUGUAAAGCCACUGACCACACAGAACCAGGAUGCUCUAGAAUCUGAUGGGGCUGAAGAUGAAGGGAGAAAUGGACAAGGCGCUUCUGGCUUUAUUGAAAAGGUGAAGCUCUUGGAGUAUAUUUUAGAGUAGGCCAGUACCUUGUAUAAGCAGAAAAAGACUUCUCUAUCUCUACUCCAAGUUGUUUUUUUCUAGUUGAUUGGGCCUUUUUGAUUGUUAAGAAGAAAAUGUGUUUUGUACGUGUAACAACUUUAAGAAUUUCCAUUGGAAACAGAAAGUAUGAUUUGAUUUGAUUUCUAAAUUCUCCCUUCCUUUUCAAGGUUAGCGAUAUGCUUUAUAGCAGACACUAGCACUUUUCCAUGAAUACCUGGUGUGCUUUGGCAAUAACAGGGUCAUUUCGGGCUCGAGGUGAGUGCGCAAUUAGCAACGGGUCUGCUUGGUCCGGAUACGCCUGUUUACAAGUUUAGAGCAUCCUAUGCCAGAAAGUGAGAUGAAAACAAAGGCACCUGGAUGGCUUUGUUUUGCUUUUAGAUAAAAGAGCUUUAGCUCACACCAGGCAGAAGCAUAACCGGUAGCCCCAGAAACCGGUAGCAUGAUGAAGCCCUCAGACAGUAUAGUCUGAGCCACCGUAAGAGGCAUUAGGGAAAACUAACACCUCCUUCUCUUUGCACCGUGGGGUGCUGAAAUUCCUGCUAGAGACUUCCCCUUACUUCCAGGAAUGGCCCAGGGGCUGCUUAGUAUAUCAUUAGAAUGUUCAUUCUCCUCCUUUUCCCUGGAGUGGACCAGUGAGACCAAAUGCUUGUGUUUCUCUAUGUUUUCAGUUCAUUUGUUCAAAUGACACAGAAGAUGAAUCCAUUUCUGGGAAGGCUGAGCUCAGAUGAGGAUUGCUAGGCCAGCCUAGGUUCUGGGACAGAUCUCAGGGACAGAAACAGGCUUGUAUUAAGUAUAAGUGGCAGGUACUUCUCUAGAACAGCCCUAACCUGCACUAGUGAUGGGGGCUCAGGAAUUCCCAUGACACUGAUCCAGCAGCCUCCUGCACGUAGACACUCAGUUCCUUUUAGGGAUGUUCAAUGCUUGAUCAAAUGGGGGCAUUUUCUUUCUUUCUUUUUUUCCCCAACUAUAGUGUAAUUGCCUACCUGCCUGGGCCCCUUCUAGAGGAAGAUGGGCUUUCCUUGUCCAUCAGGCUGCACUCACGAGGUGAUAUUGUAAAGCAGCAGAAAGACUGAGGGUGCAAAGAAACCACAGCUGCCAUUCACGGGGCAGCUCCCUCCAGCUCUUCUGCCCAGUGACCUUACAGGCUUAAGAGGAGCCUGAUGAGAGCUCUCCUGGGGGCCAAGGGAUGAAUUCCCUGCAGCUUCCUCCUGGGGGACCCACAGGUCAGCCCAUUCCAGGAGAAGCAGUCUUAGGCCCGUUUGCAUCCCCUGCCACUGCCAUGUGCCUGCCAGCCCGGUUUCUGAUGAAGAUGUGGCUCAGUCCCUGCUCUCCUUGUUGCAGUGGCUUGUACUUCAUGUGCAGUAGCCCAGGGCCCGCCUUCUAGAGUGAAUGUUUCCCUCGAGCCCUUGGAUAUUUUUAUUCUAUUUUGAAUGGUUCCGAUCAAUUAAUGUUGCUUUGUGCGGGGUUCUUCAGAGAAAUAAUGCAAAUCGGCCAGGUGCAGUGGCUCACACCUGUAAUCCUAACACUUUGGGGGGCCGAGGCAGGCGGAUCACCUGAGGUCAGGAGUUUGAGACCAGCCUGGCCAACAUGGCGAAACCUUGUCUCUACCAAAAAUACAAAAAUUAGCCAGGGGUGGUGGCAGGCACCUGUAAUCCCAGCUACUCAGGAGGCUGAGGCAGGUUCGAAUCACUCGAACCUGGGAGGUGGAGGUUGCAGUGAGCCGAGAUCACGCCACUGCACUCCUGCCUGGGUAACAGAGCGAGAGUCCUUCUCAAAACAAACAAAAAAAGAGCUAAUGCAGACCUCUUCAGGUUAGACCUGACACGGAGGAAGUAAUUGGCUGGUCAACUUAAUGGCACCCCACAGCUUCCUCUGGAUCCUGCUUCUUUGUACUUGGAACGCAGUUGUUUAUUUGAGCUAGAGGAAAGAAAAGUUCUAGAAUUCCUGUUUCCUCACCCUGCACUGUAUCAGAUCCAGGCUAUGUCUGCAAGUCAUCAGGAUCAACUAAGACACAGAACCUUAUAUCUGUAGGAGCCAGAAAAAAAAAUCUAUUCCUGAUAGGCAUGGAAACUUAGUCCACAUGAAAGACAGAAGACAUCUAACAGCUGUCAGUCUUGGGAGCAUUAAAACCCAGACACCAAGACACACUAGACAGUCGAUCUCUGAGGUGUGAUCUCUCAGAAACAUCUUAGUAGUUAAUGCACUGUUCAUUUAGGGAGUCCCCAUCCUGGUCCAGGCCACCCUCCUAGAAGCUGGGCGGCAGCUCGGACGGGCCUGCCUUGGUGGCAUUCAAGCAAGCCUAAUUGGAUUAGGUUGGUGCAAAAGUGAUUGUGGUUUUUGCCAUUGCUUUUAAUGGCAAACUAACUUUAAGUCAUUAAAAUAAGACCCAACGCUUAUAAAAAAGAGUUCAUAUCCACCUCCCAAUAACUUCUUUAGUUCCAUGCAGCCUCAAUCAGUUCCUCCAUUCAAAGGAACCCUCUUUACCCUGGCCCUGGGGGAACCAGAUUACACCCACAUAAUAAUUUUUCUGACACUAUGUGUGCCUGUCAGAUUUCAGGGUCAGUUUCCCCUUACUGGAUGUCAGGGGUGUUUUGUGAGUUGUGUUUUAAUAGGAUUCUGUUCUAUUUUCUAUACCAGCCUAUAUUGUUACUAUCAUCUGCCUAGUAUGAAUAUUUUAGUAUUCAAAGCCCACCGAAUAAAGCUGUGUUCAGAAGUGGACUUAUUUGGUCGGCCUUGAAAAAAAAAAUCAGCAUUUCUCUGAUAUUUCCUGAGGAUUAACCAGAAGCUAAGGUUUCUUUUUAGGCAGUGGUAAGAAUGCGUAUUUUCUUCUUCCAGAAGCUCUGGUUUUAUACUUUUAUCUUUUGAAAGAAUAACAUUCCUGUGCGACUGCUUCUCUUCGCCUUUGCAUUUCUCUUUUUUAACUCAAAUCUCUUAUUUCCUGCUGUUCCUGUAUCUAAACAGAAUGGGGGCCUCAGGCAGACAGGAACCAAAGAAAGGGUGUGGUGGCUUUGCAGCGCUGGGUGAGCAGCAGCCGCUGCCGUUCUGUGCACUGUCACCGGCGGGGGUGGAGGGUCUCCCUGUAGGAGGAGGAAACUCGCUGUUUUCACUGGCGGAUUUGAAGGUGCCGGCUCCACCUACCGCAGCUGCUAGGCACGGCUGUUGUGUAGACCGCAGAAGGAGUUAUUGGUGAUGUGGGGUGUAGGGGAAGACAGGAAAACGGACUCAGAGCUAGGAAUGUGGGCCUGGCAGAGACCGAAGGCUGGGUGGGAAGGAAGCUCGCGGCGAGCCUAGGGUUCGAGCCUAUCGCGCCAGGGGUCUCCAGUGAGACCUUGCUUUUCCCUGCCGCUGAGGCUGGGGCUGCACGGAGGUCCUCAGCCUUCCCACCCUUUCUGCAUCAGCUUUAGUGUCUGUCGGCUGGGUGGACUGCAGGGCGGGUGACCUGGAGGAGACCCUGCUCCCAGCAAGCGUUCUAGGAGUUACAGUGUGCUCUACUGGGAUUGGAUUGCAGAGUCUCUACUUGCAGACUCUGACUUCCGGAAUUUUAGGUGGAAGGGAAUUUUUGUUGGCGGGACGCAGCAGCUCAGUGCGUGGUGUGUGCACGCGUGUUUGUGUGUGCAUGUGUGUUUGUGCGCGCGUGUGCGUGUUUGUGUGUGUGCAUGUGUGUUUGUGUGUGCGUGCGUGCGUGUGUGUGCGCAUGUGUGUGCGUGUGUGUGCGUGGGUUUGCGUGCAUGCCUGUGUGCGUGUAUGUGCGCGCACGCGUGUAUUUGUGUGUGCAUGUGUGCGCGUGUUUGUCUACAUGCGUGUGUGUGCAUGCGUGUGCGUGUGUAUGUGUGCGUGUUUGUGUGUGCGUGUGUUUGUGUGUGCGUGCAUGUGUUUUUGCAUGGGUGUGCGUGUAUGUUUGGGUGUGUGUGUGCGCGUGUAUGUUUGGGUGUAUGUGUGUGUGCGUGUGUGUGCGUGUAUGUUUGUGUGUGCGUGCAUACGUGUGUAUGUGUGUGUGCGUGCGUGUGUGCGCGUGCGUGUGUGCCUACCCACACCUGGGGGGAUGCUUGGCUCUGUGGCUUGGAGAGGGAAACAGGAAACAUGUUAUUCCACAGUCCUGUCAUCCUGGUCAGGACUAGUCUCAUGGUUUGUGGACAGAGUGCAAAAUGAAAAUGCGAGGCCCCUUGUUCAGGUGAUGAAGCAUUUCUAGACAGUGACAGGAGAGCAUUAAGCCAAGCUCAGGUCCCUUCUGAGUGCAUGGCCCCUUGUGGCUGCCAGACGGCACACCCACGAGGCCGGCCCUGACCACACUGUUCUUGGCUGGUUCCUGAAGCCGAUGGGCUCUGUCUUAGGACUUCUUACUUUGAAAGGUCUCCCGGCAGGCUGUGGCAAGCUGGGCGGAUAUGCUUUUCUAAACGUCUGCAUGUAUUUCCUAAAAGCACAAAUGGCCUGGACUAGCUAGCAGGUGAGGAACUGAGCCCCUAGUUCAUAGCUGCACCCCAAGGCUGGAGAGGGAGUUGCCGGUGGUGGCAGGAGCUCUGGGCUCCCAGUUCAGGGUGGGCCACAGGGCGUCAAGCAGCUGUGAGCCUUUACCAUUGAGCUCACUGCUUGGAAAUAAAACCCUUCCUCUGGGCCUUGGGCAUCCUUGGGCUUUUCUCCCCUUUCCUGGGAGGACACAAGCCUUUUCCAAUCUUCUGCCUUCAAAGAGAGGCAGGGUCAUAGAAGUGCUCAGUGUCCCUUCCCCAGUGGCUGGACACUUGCUCCUCCAGCCUUCACCCCCUGGAGAGAAGGGGAGUCUGUGGAGCCAGUGCCUCCCUGCCCAGCUGGGCCACACGAUCUGAUCUGCGUGUCUGGGGGGAACCUGCUUCGGAGAGGCUGCGACCUCCCAGCUAGACUCUCCCCUUAGGAUCCCGUGUAUGGGGAUGGUAGGAGAGAAAAGAUCCCUCUGUGUAAGUAGUCUCAAGUUCUAGAAGACCAUGGCCCCGGGAGGCAGCUGACCAUGAAGCUGGGCUUCCUGUUGUUGCUUUCUUUCAUGAGCUUUUACUUUUCCUGGGCUGGACGCUCCAAAAUGUUUGCAGUUCCAUUUGUUUUUUUGCAAAUAGGUCCCCAUCUCCAUAUGCAUUGAGCAAUAAUCCUAUGUUUCCUGAUUCUGUCUGGGAUUAUAUUUGCUAAGUAAAAAUGUUGACAGAAAUUGCAAACUCAUCUCACCUGGAUUUGAUUGAGUCACCUUGAAUGACAUAACAAAUUAUGGCUUUGUUUUCAUGCGUCGUGCAAUCUUCCGGACUAUGGGAAGUUCUGCAAGCCGUUCUCCAGGGGCAUUUCAUUAAUAGCGUGUCAGCAUUAGUUUUAAUGAAUGAACAUUUGAGGUACAUUCUAUAAAUCAAUAUCCUUAAAAUGUCAUCUGCUAAACAUUCACUGUGACAGAAAGUAGAUAUUUUAGCAAUAUCUAUGUUAAGGCUACUUAAUUUUAGACAUGCAUUUAAAGCAUACACGGCCAAUAGCCCAAGUAUCUUUGAACUGUGAAAUCAACCUCAGAUCUCAUCUGCUGUAGCCCCGCAAGCCGGAGUCUGUGCCCUCCAUGGUCCCCUUCGUAUCCCUUGGUGGCCCUGCAUAGAUAGCGGAGUUGGCCCCUGCCCACCCCAUGUUGUAUUGCCUUAGCUCCAUCAGCUUUGUACCCUCACACGUAUAGGUGGUGAACUUCUGUGUAAAUACAUGUGUACAGAUGAGAAACUGCAACAAAAAUGUCCUUGGAUGAUAAUCAGCUCAGUUUCCGGUUUUCUACAUUCUGUGCUGUUUCCAGCUAAGAAAAAUGCGAACUCCCACUACAUAAAGGGAAAAGGUUGUAUUCAUUUCAUGUUCAUCAUGAAAUCUCUGCUGUACGUUUAUGGAAUGGCCAUGACUAAAUGUAUAUAUGGUAUGUAAGAGGCUAUGCUGUUAAAUGUUGCAUAAACUAACACAGAUUCUGUAGUCAAAAAUAUUUAACUUGUUAUUGUAAAAUGUGAUUUGUCAUUGAGAGAUUAUUUUUCUGUAUGUAUAUGAGAGUAUUUUAGGAAUCUAAUUUAAGUGCAUAAAACUAUAGAAAAAAAUUUAAAACCUAUUCCAAGAGUAGAAAAUGCUUAAUCAGAUUACUUGGGUUCAACUCAACUAAAUUUCUUAUAUUAAAAAAAAAAAUCCAAGUUGUAUAUGUUAGAAAUCAAAGGAGUCAUUUGUUUUUCCUGCAGGAAAUAUGAUAAAUUUCAGUGUAAUAGGUGGUGGUGUGAUCAAAUGAAAAGUAUCCUGUAGCUAUGACCUCGCAUGGGACCUUGGUGUUGCAUUAAAAAUGGAUUUUUGCAGAUCACA